CGCUAUUCACAACGAACAUCUUCACAAGUUACCUCCAAGUUAGUAUUUACACGGAACGACAAGAUGUCAAAAACUACACGAACCAAAAAUACAACGACCACGCCGUCGCAUUGAAUACAAGAGUAGGGAUACCGAGAUGGGGAGGACCGAGUAGAUGAAACAAUGCGCGCUCUAACCAUAGCAAGGAGAUUGCACCAAGCGACAUACACUCCCAGAAUUUGCCGCCCCGGAAAGCACCUACCUAAGAGGAGCACAAUGAAGGAUCGAGUGAUGAGGAAUCAGAAGCGAAUAGCGAGUUGGGUAUCCUUGGAGCAAAAUGGGCAUGUGUUUUCGCUGCGAAUGGUUAUUGCACUCUGACUAUAACUUACAUUUCCAGGAUCCUUAUCGUGGACAUCAAGAGGCGCUGUUACGAGAGUUAGUAGCUGUUUUGAGAUAGAUGAAAAGAUACGAUGAAUGGCGUUACUGCGGUUCGAUGCCUGUGUUAUCACAAAUGAUAGCACUAGGGACGAAAGGAUACAUAGAGGGAGCAGUACUCAGUUCUCGAUCGCAGUUUGUCAAGAAGUGGCGCAGAUAGUUAUGCUCUAUCUCUUUUGAGAGUCUUCAGGAUUUAGGAUCAAUAUACGUGACUGUUCUCAUCAUAAUGCAUCAUGCCAUUCUUUGAUGUUGUUUGUCGAACAUUGCUACAGAUUUCUCUAUAGUUUUUGGAGAGUUUGAAUCUUCCAUUUUGAAAGUCUCAAUUGUGGAAUCUUUCACGACUUGGAAGUUUGAAACUUAUAGACGUUGAAACUAUGAGAGUUUCAAACUUUGAGACGUUGAAACUAUGAGAGUUUGAAACUUUGAGACGUUGAAUCUAUAAAACUUUAGAGUUCUGAAGUCCUAAGAGUCUAAAAGAUUGUUCAACUCUAAGAUUUUCAUGAAUUUCAUAAUUUUGAAUUUCAAAAUCUCUCUUAUAUCCAAGAAUUUUCAGUUAUAUCGCCUAAAAUUGAAAUUCAUUUCCUGACGAGCGCUUUGACAGACAUCACGAAUCUGAUGAAAAUCAUGGAUAUGCGCGAUUCUCUUGAAAAUCAUUACAGCGCCUUUCACUGCACUGGAUUUCGAUCAUUUUAAGAUGCUUUCACAAUCGAACCAUUUAGAUGGCAUCAGUAGUUUUAGGUAGUUGUAUCAAUCUCAGAUUUUUGAACCUUGUCUGUCAGUGAUACUUCGCAUUUACAACGAAAAAGCAUAAGGUGCUGCUGUUUCACAACUUCAAACAAGUGCAUAAUUCAAGCACAAGCUGCGCCAUUUUCUUACUGGGAUUCACAUGGAUGUUGGUAUUUAUUAC